AUGAAAAUUUUUAUUUUCAUUUUUAUAUUACAAUGUUUUUCAUUUGAAGAUUAUAUUUGGGUUAUUUCUGAUACACACUUUGAUUCUAAAUUUGCUGAAGGAGGAUAUGCUCAUUGUAAAAGCAUUGACUGUUGUCAUGAAGACUCAGUACCUAAAGGAAAUAAUUUUGAAACUGCACAAUUUUGUGGACACCAUUCUUGUCAUGCUCCUUUAGAAACAAUUAUGUCUGGAAUGGAUUUCAUUAAAUCUCAUGAAAGUAUAUCUAAAAAUGUUAUUUGGUUAAUGGACGUUAUUCCAUCUGAUAUGUUCCAAAUGACUAAACAAAGAAAUCUUAAUGAUUUAGAAAUGUUCCAUAAUGAGCUUAAACGAAGACUCCCUGGAUUUACAGUAUUACCAUCAAUUGGUAAUCAUGACUAUUUUGAAACUUCUUUUUGGGCAUUUCCACCAAAAAGUCAAUGGAUGUUAAAUAAUAUGAGUUUAUGGUGGAAAGAUUGGUUAUCUCCUGAAGAAAUUGCUACUACAAAGAAAGGAGGAUAUUAUAUUCACCAACUACCAAGUGGAAUAAAUAUUAUUUCAUUACAAACUGCUUAUUUUGAUAUUAUGAAUUCACACUCUGGAGAAUAUCCAAAAACAGAUCCUGGAGAAAUGAUGAUGUGGUUUAAUGCUACACUAAAAGUGUUAAGAGAAAAAGGUCAAAAAGCAAUUAUUAUUUCUCAUGAAUCUAUUGGACUUAAAAUUACAGGAAUGAUGGACGUUAAUCCAUAUUUCACUCGGGAUUUCCUAGAAUUAUAUAAAGAAUAUUCAGAUGUUAUUAUUGGCCAUUUAGCUGGUCAUAACCAUAUUGAAGGGUAUCGUUUAUAUCCUGGUGAAGAUCCAUUUUAUAGUGUAAUUAUUAAUCCAGCAAUGACUCCAAAAGGAUCAAACCCUUCUUUAAGACUAUAUAAAUUUAAUGAUAAACAUAUUAUUGAUUAUACAACAUAUUAUCUUAAUCUUGAUCAAUGUAAUGCAGAACAUAAAUAUACUUGGGUCAAAAGUUAUAAUACUCAAGAAGAAUAUGGGUUAGUUAAUCUUGGUAAUUCUGAAAUUGGUAGAUUACACUAUAUGCUAAAGAAUGAUAACAUUGCAUGGAGUAAAUUUAUGAAACAUUUUUCAACUGAAUUACCAAAUUCUUGUGAAGGAAAUUGCAGAAAACAAAGACUUUGUUCAAUGGAAAAUAUGAGAGAGUCAGGAUAUGCUGAAUGCAUUAAGAAGUAA